AUGAUCGGCCUGGAUGUGUAUCUGUAUCCAGAUGGUCUGAGGGUUGCUACACCAGAGGACGUGGAGAAGUGGGAGCUUGAAAGACACAUGUAUGACCCAAAUGUAUGCCUCUUUGUGGCCCUUUUUUCAUACAACCCUGCUGUGAUGUCUCCAAAUCCAGAUUCUUUAGAGGAGGAACUGCCAUUUGAAAUGGGACAAAUCAUCAAGGUUUAUGGCGACAAAGAUGCCGAUGGUUUCUACAAAGGAGAGUCAGGCGGUCGCUUUGGUUUUGUUCCAAGCAACAUGGUAUCUGAGAUCCACGUAGAGGACGAAGAGCUCAAACGUCGUAUGCUCCAGCUGGGCUUUUUGCCCAUAGAAUCUCCCGGAAACUCCAUAGUCCUCAGUGAAUCAUCCAGUGUGCCGGAUGACGUGGCUGUCCGGAGAAUGAUAGCUAUCUUUGAUUACGAUCCCUGGGAGAGUUCUCCAAACAUGGACAUUGAGGAUGAACUGCCCUUUCGUGCAGGAGACAUAAUAUAUGUCUUUGGAGAUAUGGACAGAGACGGAUUCUAUUACGGUGAUCUACAUGGGUAUAGAGGGCUGGUGCCAUCAAAUUAUCUGCAACCCUUCCCCUGGGACUAG